AAGAGAGUUAAACAGCGUUUUUUUUAUGCGCGGAGAUAUUUUUUCGACCGCUGUCCUCCAUUGUGGCUCAGGUCUCACGUCCGUUAACCAGGAAGUGCCGAGGAGACUGACAGCCAAUCAGCUGCUCCGCUCCCAGGCUGCGGCCAGUCGUCGAAAUCGAAUGGGUUGACUUGACAACGAAGGUAAAACAUUAGUUUUCCUGGCAAACGAUGGACGUGCAUCGUUUGGACUUCUACAUUGGUCUCUCUCUGGCUGUCAGCUCCAGUGUUUUUAUCGGAGCAAGCUUCAUCUUGAAGAAGAAAGGCCUCCUGCGAUUGGCCAGCAAGGGCUCCAUGCGAGCAGGCCAAGGAGGAUAUGCAUACCUCAAGGAGUGGCUGUGGUGGGCAGGACUUAUUUCAAUGGGAGCUGGAGAGGCUGCUAACUUUGCUGCAUAUGCAUUUGCUCCUGCCACACUGGUGACUCCACUCGGAGCAAUGAGUGUACUUGUAAGUGCUGUGCUCUCCUCCUAUUUCCUGAAUGAGAGGUUGAAUGUGCAUGGGAAGAUUGGCUGCUUGCUGUGCAUCAUGGGCUCCACAGUAAUGGUGAUCCACGCCCCUCAGGAGGAGGAGGUGGCCUCCCUCACUGCCAUGGCUGAGAAGCUGAAAGACCCAGGUUUCAUUGUGUUUGCUGCGUGUAUAGUGGCAAGCAGCCUGGUUCUUAUCUUUGCUGUGGCCCCACGGUACGGACAGAAGAAUGUGCUGGUCUACAUCCUGAUCUGCUCUGUGAUUGGCUCCCUGUCUGUGUCUUGUGUCAAGGGCCUGGGCAUUGGCAUUAAGGAGCUGUUUUCUGGGACAGCAGUGCUGAAGGAGCCCCUGUUCUGGUCCCUAGUCAUCUGCCUGGUAAUCUGUGUCAGCAUACAAAUCAGUUACCUGAAUAAGGCCCUCGACAUCUAUAACACCUCCAUAGUCACUCCCAUCUACUAUGUGUUCUUCACGACCUCUGUCAUGGCGUGCUCGGCCAUUCUCUUCAAGGAGUGGUUGAGUAUGACCACUGACGGAGUGGUGGGAACGAUCAGCGGCUUCCUCACCAUCAUCCUGGGAAUCUUCCUCCUCCAUGCCUUCAAGGAUAUUACCUUUACCUGGGAUUCCCUUCCAUUAUACCUGAGGAAGAGUCCUCAGGGUUCCCCGUGGAGCCACCAGCCCUAUCUGGCUCUCCCCACUCAUGACAACCACGCAGAAGACGACAUUAAGAUGCCCAGAGAGGGGGGCUUAAAGCUGGGAUACCCACAAGAGAGCUCUGUCAAGAGGAACAGCAGCUUUGUCACUACCUAGCAAUGUUGCUCCUGGUCAUUAUGAAGCAUUAUCUCACUGCCAAGCUUUACAAUGUGACAAGUUAGACAGUUAACCAAAUAUGAAUUUUAAAUCUGCCUUACACAAUGCAAUAUGCACUGGAUGAUGAGCAAGGUUGCUUUGAUAUUAGCAUAGUUACCACAAGCCUGUUGGAUUUAUUACAACAAAAGGUUAUUUUAUCACCUUUGCACUUUGUCACAUUUUGGCCAACCAAGUCAUUUUAAUAAGGUUAAUGAAAGAUAAGACAGAAUUUUAAUAUGUAGUGUAAUUUAUUUAAGUUCUCUGAAUGUUGAUGUGAAUGUCUACUGUUGCAGUAUUGCAUUAUUAUAAAUAGUAUCAUACAUUUACAAGCAUAUGAACACAAUCUUUUCAAAAUAUGUUUAAUUAUCAAAUUCCAGACUGAAUAGUACUUAGACCAGCCAAACUGUGCCUUGUUACUGGACCAUUACUUAUGCAUAUUUUUGCACUUAACUGGAAUCAUUUAUAGUACAAAUGUGCUUUAUGAACUUUUUGUUACCAAUGCCAUGCCAAAAGCCUUAGUUCUGCUGAAUGUUUCAAUCAUUUUGGUGAUGAUAAAGUUUAAAUGCAUCUGCUGACAUUAUUGUAGUACCUCAGUAUGAUCUACAGGCUUUACUUAAGAAAUUUCUUUUUCCAUGUAUGCAUUUCCCUUAUGUGCCAACUUGUAACAUUUUUUGUCAUGAUGCAAUGGUGUUUUUGUUUGAUUGCAUUGUUAAUUAAAACCUAACUACUGUA